GAAAUUGUUUAAUUUUUUUUCUCUUCAAUACCUAAACUCAACACAACACAAAAAUGCAGAACUGGGACACAAUGCAGCCAGCAGCCAAUUAUGAGCAGAAUUGGUAUAGCAACAUGUUCCAUCAGACGAUAAAACAGGAGCCGACGCAAUCAACCAGCUCUACGAAUAACCAGCUUGAGCAUUAUCUCAACAUGAAACAGCAGGAACUGUCAUCAGUGAUGACUCCUUCUCCACGAGCUACCGAAUCGAAUGUCAAUGCGACGAUGACGAAUGGAGAUGUAAACAAUACACAACAUUAUUUUGACAGUACAACAGGAAUGUUGCAUCAACAUCAUCCGCUUGGAUUUAAUCCACUUACGCCGCCAGGGCUACCAAACGCUAUCUUGCCUUCUAUGUCGCAUUUUUAUCAACAGAAUAGCCAUCAACCUGUCAGCACAGCGAUUCCUGUUGAAUCAGUGACAAAAAUGGAACAACAUUCAUCAAACAAUAGCUCACUCACACCCAGAAAUACUCCACCGAUGGACGUGACGCCACCUAAGUCUCCAAAACUAUCUUUAAUGAUGGCCACGUCGAGUGAGCUUGACCAAGAUGUUAUGUCAUCGAAUUCUAGUGAAGACAUGAAAUAUUUAGAGAGUGAGGAUGACGAAAGUAUCAGAAUGCCUAUCUAUAACUCGCACGGUAAAAUGAAAAACUACAAGUGCAAGACAUGUGGAUUUCUGGCAAUAACUAAAGUAGCUUUUUGGGAGCAUGCACGUUGUCAUAUGAAGCCCGAAAAAACACUUCAGUGUUCAAAGUGUCCCUUUGUCACUGAGUUAAAGCACCAUCUGGAAUACCACAUCAGAAAGCACAAGAACAUAAAACCAUUCCAAUGCGAUAAGUGUAACUAUAGUUGCGUUAACAAAUCUAUGUUGAAUUCUCACCGGAAGUCGCAUUCGUCAGUGUAUCAGUAUAGGUGCUCAGACUGUGAUUAUGCCACUAAAUACUGCCAUUCAUUCAAAUUGCAUCUAAGAAAAUAUGACCACAAGCCGGGUAUGGUUUUAGAUGAAGAUGGUGCACCAAACCCCUCUGUUGUGAUUGAUGUUUACGGAACACGACGUGGACCAAAAAUGAAGUCUGGCCGCAAAGAACCAUCCGGAGCAUCUAAAAUGCCACAAUUAAGUGCUGCUUUGCAGGGAUUCGCUCUGAAUCAGCACACCAAUCACCAUAACAUGCCUGCUUCUCCAGCAAAAAGUACUACUUCAUCGUCUUCAGAAAUAGUUGCAAAUGCACAGUCUAAUAACAGUCAGCAUAACCAUAAGCAAUCCCAGCAAUCACAUUCUGCUCAACAAGAGCAAAUAGAACAUAAUCAUCAGCAGCAUCAGCAGCAAAUAUCAAAUCUCAUUCCUUCGUCAUUAUCAGCUAUUCUUCAGCAGCAAAGAAACAUACCAUUUUUCCCUUACUGGAAUCUCAAUCUUCAAAUGCUGGCUGCCCAACAACAAGCUGCUGUUCUAGCCCAAUUAUCUCCACAGCUUCGAGAAACAGCUUUACAAAAUCUUCAAAACAAACGAGAAAAUGAAGACGAUGACAAUGACGAACGUGAUGAAAGUUGUGACGGGACGGCUAUGGAUCUUACAUCUGCCACGCCCACUAAAAAUAACGAAGAUAUUAACAUGUCUAUUGUGAAUCUCAAACUAAAAGAGGAAGACCAACAGGAGACACCUCUUAUAAGCUCCUCCAAUCAAUUCCGCCGCAAGGGUCGAGCAUUGAAGCUCGAUACAGCUCUCCAGGCCAAAGAAAUCUCACUUAGCCCAGAAGAGAGACCCCGAUUAAGUCCGAAUCCAACUGAGGUACCAUCGUCUUCUUCGUUCGAUGAUCCUUCCAAAGAAAGUGAGAAUGGAGACUCAUCGACACCAUCAAACAGUACAUCUAAUCCCACAACUUCAACGCCCACCACCACCACAAAUGUAUCACCUCCCUCAGGUACCAUUUUUGAAUGCAAAUACUGUGAUAUCUAUUUCCGUGAUGCAGUCCUCUACACUAUUCAUAUGGGCUAUCACAGUUGUGAUGAUGUAUUCAAGUGUAACAUGUGCGGCGAAAAAUGUGAUGGACCCGUCGGACUGUUCGUUCACAUGGCGCGCAAUGCGCACUCUUAAAAAGCGAUUCCACUCAAAAAUCCUUUUUAUUUUUUUUUGUUAUAUCAUGGCCCGUUUUGGAAGUAUCCUAAAAUGGGUUUCGUUGUCAAAGAUUGUAAAUAGAAACCAAAAUAAUAAAAUUUAUAUUUUGUUAUGAAAAAAUAACUUUAAGUAAAAACACUGUUGUCAAAGAUUGUAUAUAAUAUAUGAUAAAAAUAAAAUCAAACUAUGUUAAAUUUAUAAGUUUUUUUUAGGUAUUUACAUACAAAAUAAAUAAAUGUUCUUUUUUUCUUUUAAAACAAAACAAACAAACAAAAUAAAUUUAAAAAAAAAAACCAAAUCUAUUUUCAAAAAAUAUAUAUAUAUAUUUUAUUACCAAAAACAUACAAUAUGACAAAAAUAUAUAAAAAUAAGAUGUCUAGGACUUAAUGAAAAAUUAUACAUUGUUUAGAUCGUAAUGUUUCUAAAAAACAAAUAAAACAAUCUAAUAAUUAUUGCAUACCAAUUAAAAAAUGUUUUCAAUUCUAAUUUUAAAACUAAAAGGAAAAGUUGAAUUUCAACUAAUUAUUUAUUUUAAUUAAGGUUUUUCUAAUUCUUCUUCUCUAACAAAAAAUCAAAUAAUUUUCUAGUCAAUCAGGGAAGCGUUUUAUUAUUUAAAUACAUAGUUUAAAAUACCAAAAUUCAAAGAAGAAACAAAAUCUUUAAAACCGUUGACAAUACUAAGGUACAAAUAAAAAUCAAACAAGUAACAAAAACAAACAAAAAUAAUAUAUAAAGUAAACUUUUCAGUGUACAUAAUUUAUUUAUUGUUUUUUAAGUUAACGUAUGCCAAAAAGAGCUCGAAAUUAUUUAAGACUAGAAAAUAAUACAAAAUAAAUAUACAUUUUAAGAUUUGUAUAUGAACAAUUAUAUGUACAAAAAAAAACAAGCAAAUAUUGUUUUUAAGUUAA